GUCUCCACAAAAUUCCCCUUCGUCUUCCCGCUUCCAUUGCAACCCCACCCCGCCGCACGCCGCCGCAUCGAUCGGAACCAAACCCUAACCCUAAACCCUAGCCCCCCCACCUCGCCUUCCACCCCCCACGCUCCCAUGGCGGGGCGCGGAGGCUACGCGUAGCCACAUCGAUCGAACACCCUGUAUGGAUUGAGGUGGGUUUCCCGAGGCAUGGGUACAAACCCUAGCCUGCACGAGCUGGCGGCGGGGGCGGCGCCGCGGGGACGCGUGGUGCGUAUCCUCGUGCGCGACGCCGACGCCACCGACUCGUCCUCCAGCGAGGACGAGGCGGUUGCGGUGGCGCAGCCUCGGCCGCGGCGGAGGGGUAAGGUGGGUGGUGGUGGUGGUGGUGGUGGGGGCGUGAAGCGCCGCGUGAUGGAGGCGGGGGCGGGGGAGGCGAGGCCGACCGCGCGGUUCCGCGGCGUGCGGCAGCGGCCGUGGGGGAGGUUCGCGGCGGAGAUCCGCGACCCUCACCUCCGCCGCCGCCUGUGGCUCGGCACCUUCGACACCGCCGAGGAGGCCGCCGCCGCAUACGACGCCGCCAGCGUCCGCCUCCGCGGUUCCAGCGCCGCCACCAACUUCGCCUCCGUCCGCUGCUACUCGCUGCCGCCGGAGCUACCCAAGCCAACUAUUUCACCGCCUGAAGCAGCUGUGAGGCCAAUCACCUUGCCAAUUGGGACAGCUAAGCCGACCCUUCUUCCACGGGUGAAGGAGGAAGGUGAGAGCUGUGGCGGUCGGGUCAAGGAGGAGGCCAGUAGCUGUGAGGUCCAGGUGCUUGCUCCGGAGCCAAUGUGGACGAUGAUUUCAGGCAAGCGUAAGAAGCGAUCGGGCUGUGGAACCCGUGUCCGUGCCUUCCAUGCUGUGUCCGCCUGUGUGGAAGAAGUUGGCGGGGCCUGAGGGUCCAAUUAUCCGUAAUUACUAUCGUUAGCAGCUUUAUUGUUAUGCAUAGCAUCAUUGGAAACUUGGUAUUGUGUAAUUUUGGUUAGUAUUGAACUUAUGAUGUGAAGAUGACUCUGCAUGUGACCUGAUUUGGUAAGGUUAUGAUGUGUAUAUACGGUAUGGUUGCUGAUAUAUGUGAUGCAGUAUGGUAGGCUUCGAUAAGGUGUUGUGGAAUUAGUAUGUUGCAUCUAAAUAAGACCUUUGAUGUGAGAUAUAGACAUGUUCUUCGAUUAGAAUAAAAUAUAGUAGAAAAUUAUUGCAGUAA